AUGUCCGCAGCAGUCAUUAAUUCAACGAGUCCAUCUCGUCCCACAGGGGUUGGACUUUAUCAAGAAAUAGAUUUUGCCAUUAAGGAAAUGGAAACAUUAAAGGUCACAGAACUGAAAACUCUUUGUAGAUCAUUAAAUCUAGCAACAAAUGGACGUAAGGCUGAAAUUCAAAGUCGAAUAGCGGGUUUCAUAAAAGAAUCAUGUUCUGGUACCACUAUAGACCCAUGGAGACCAAAAGUAUUGACUGUAUUCAUUAAUAGAAUUAAAAAUAAUCAAAUGUUACCUGUAUAUAAUAAUCUAUGGAGCGCAAUCAAAACUGGUAAUUACCAAUAUACAAUACCUUCAAUGAAUAUUAAUAACAACACUAACAGUAGCAAUAACAAAACAACAGGUCAGCAACAACAACAACAACAACAACAAAAGAAGAAGCCAGCUAGCAACUAUGACCCUGAUAAUGAUACUUUCUAUUUCAGAAAAUCACCAUUUUACAAACCAAUAAGACUGAUAGAGGGCACCAGUAUAAAAUUGAAAAGAUGUACAGGUAGAGCUUCUGUGAAAGCUUUAUUUAAACUGAAUGCAAAAGAUUGGGAAUUACUCAAUUCGAGUGAAAAUUAUAAAGUAUUACUAUAUUGUGGACCAACUCAUUUACCAUCCCAAAAUAACAAAAAGGAACCAAUCAUGUUCCCAUUCCCAAAUGAGAUCGUAUUUAAUUCUAUACCUAUUAAGGAUAACGUUAGAGGUUUGAAAAAUAAAAUCGGUACAGCAAAACCAGCUGAUCUAACACCACAUUUAAAGAAAAAUUCCACAACUGCAACAAAUGUUUUAGAUUUCAUUUACGCCUUCCAAAAGACUGACUUCAUAUUAUUUUGUUAUCUAGUGAAAGUUAUAACUCCAGAGGAGAUAGUACGAGACGUUGUAUUGAAACAAAAUUUCAAAAUUUCAAAAGAAUCCACAAUUGCAUAUAUUAAAAGAACAUUAAGAGAAGAAGAUGAAUCUGAUUUCGUCACUACAUCAAUGGUAAUGAGUUUACAAUGUCCCAUAUCAUAUACAAGGAUGAAAUAUCCAACAAAAUCAAUACUUUGUGAACAUUUACAAUGUUUUGACGCAGUUUGGUAUUUACAUUCACAAUUACAAGUACCCACUUGGGAAUGUCCAGUUUGUCAAAUUCAUAUCCCAUUGGAAAAUUUAUCAAUAAGUGAAUACGUGGAUGAUAUUUUGAAAAAUUCAAAAGAUGAUGUAGAACAAAUUGAAUUAACAGCUGACGGGAAUUGGAUUGCUAUUGACGAAGAUGGAGAGGACACGGGAAAUAAUAAUAAUAACAAUGGACUUCCUACUACUUCCGAGAAUGGUAUAAAGCAAGAAUCUACAACAUCGACUGAGAUCCCUGAGAAAUCAACUUCAGCAAUACCUCAUUUACAUCAUUCUGAAGAACAUGUUGUAAUAUCGUUAGAUAGCGAUGAAGAUGAAAACGAAGUACAAGAAAACGAAGCACAAGAAGAUGAAGAAGAAACAGAUAUCUCACCUCCAAUAAUACCACCAUCAGAACGCCGUCAUCGGCACAAUACUACCUUAGAUGACGAUGAAGAUGAACCUUUAUCUGCGUAUGGAACUCAACAGUCGCAAAAUAAUCAAUCACAAUCACAAUUACAAUCACAAUUGCAUACAGCAAUGCAAACACCAUUACAUGGUCAAGUUCAAGGCCAAGAACAGCAGCAAAUACGAUCACAAGAACAAUUCGUUACUCCCACUACUACUACAAUAACGACGAAUGUUCAAGCGGGAAUAAAUCCAUUCUUCCCUUCAAUUACAACUCGUAUACAACCUCCAAAUGUACUCAUAUCACAACAGCAACAAAUACCUCCUAAUAAUAAUAAUACUAGAACCAGUUUACCUUCUAUUACUGCAAGUACUACACAGCCACAAUUCGUAUCAAACAUUCCUAUCACGACACAAUCAGUACCAACAACUCCUGCAAUUAGAGAUGAGCUACCAUUACGAAGUAUUUCAUACCCAUAUUCUACUGUAAUUCCUAAUUCUCAAAUACAUAAUCAACAUAAUUAUCCAUUCAAUUUCGAGCCUGAAAGCUUACAAAGGCAUAAUAUUCCUGCCACUAAUAAUAAUAAUAAUAAUAACAACAAUAUAACUUCAAAUUUAGAUUCGUCAAGCCAACCGUUACCGUCGCUUGGGAAUGUACAUCCAGGUAUUAAUUCUACAUCAUUCUUAGGAUUAUCAGGGAGUGUUUCACAACCCAAUUCAACUACUGCAUUACCAACGCCACCAGUGCUUGCGACGACAAAGAACAAUCAACCCAAUUUAUUAGGCAUAACCGGAACCCCACUAUAUACAAACAUAUCAUCAUCAUCGGGGACGCCAAUAACAGGGGCAAAUGACCAUCAACAUCAUUCUAAUGGUACAGACACAAACAAUAUUAAUAUAAAUAGAUAUCCUUUGGGAACGACUGGUAAUAUUCCGUCAAUGGCUCCUCCCUCAAAUGCACCGGUGGCUAGUACGAAUAAGACUACAAAUGUAGGAGUAGGAGUAGGAGGAGGAAGGCACAGUAAUAAAAAUAAUAUUUCACCUUUUAUACCAAGGAAAGAUUACUCUAAAAUAUUACCAAGGAAAAGAAAAGAACCACCACCAUCAUCAACCACUGAUGAUAAUAGUUUAGGUGUUACCGUUGAUAGUAAUACACCACCACCACCUGUCGUAAAUGGAGGUAGUGGUAACAAUAAUCAAGGUGCUGAUGCAGAAGUUAUUGAUUUAACAUCAGAUUGA